AUGUUGAAAAAAUCAGAUGUGCUUGUCAAAGAGAAGAACCUCAGCUCCUCAGAAUCUGAGAUCCGAACAACGGCCAGAUCAACGAUUCUUCUUUGGUUAUUGUACAACAAUAACCAAUCUUGGAGAGACACACACCUCUUCCUUACCUUCUCCUGAGGGGAAGGGAGUUCUGCUGCAAUGAACCCAUCCUCUUCGUUACCCACGAUGAGCGCCUCCACGGCGUUUGUCCCUCUGCUUCUCUUCUUUAUAGCUAUCCUUGCAGAAUCCGCCGCUGCCAACGUCGUCAAAUUGGAUGUUCACCCCAAGAUCCUGAACAAAUCCGGCGAUUCGGUCAGGAUAGAGUGGAGCGGAAUCCCGAACCCGUAUGCCCUCGAUUGGUUGGGGGUCUAUAACCCAGCCAGCUCCGAUCACAAGAACUUCAUUGGGUAUGUCUUCCUAUCGUCUUCCCCCAACUGGAAAUCCGGCUCUGGUUUCAUCGAUCUCCCCCUGCUGAACCUGAGAUCGAGCUACCAAUUUCGGAUCUUCAAUUGGAACGAGAGCGAGAUCAACAAGAAGCACCGCGAUCAUGACCAGAACCCGUUGCCUGGCACCCGCCAUCUUCUGGCGACGAGCGAAGAGGUCUCCUUUGCGAAUUACAACGAUCCGGCGCAGAUCCACCUCGCCUUCGGAUCAAACGAUGACGAGAUGAGGGUACUGUUCAUCACGAGGGACGGAAUCAAGAGCUUUGCGCGAUAUGGGCUAAAACGCGACGAGCUCGAUGAAAUCGCGGAAGCGUCGACGACGACGUAUUCGAGGUCGGAUAUGUGCGAUUCGCCGGCGAAUUCGGAUGGUGGGUGGAGGGAUCCGGGGAACAUACAUGAUGCAGUCAUGAAGAAUUUGAAGGCUGGAGCGAGGUACUACUAUCAGGUUGGCAGUGACGAAGGAGGAUGGAGCUCAACUUAUAGUUUCAUUUCCAAGGACAAAGAUUCUGGUGAGACAAAUGCUUUUCUUUUUGGAGACAUGGGAACUUCAUUCCCAUAUGCAACUUUUAUUCGCACUCAAGAGGAAAGUAAGUCGACUGUAAGGUGGAUCCAGCGUGACAUUGAAAACCUUGGGGACAAAUCUGCUUUCAUAUCCCAUAUUGGUGAUAUCAGUUAUGCUCGUGGUUAUGCAUGGAUAUGGGAUUCAUUCUUCACUCAGAUUGAACCCCUUGCUUCUAAAGUACCAUACCAUGUUUGCAUAGGCAAUCAUGAGUAUGAUUGGCCAUCUCAACCUUGGAGGCCAUCUUGGUCGUAUGCUGUUUAUGGAACUGAUGGAGGUGGUGAAUGUGGAGUACCUUACAGCUUGAAAUUUAACAUGCCUGGAAAUUCUGCGCUGCCUACUGGAAAUGGUGUCCAGACCACCCGAAACUUGUACUACUCCAUUGAUGUUGGGGUUGUCCACUUCUUGUAUAUUUCAACGGAGACCAACUUUCUUCCAGGAAGUGAUCAGUAUGCUUUUAUCAAGAGUGACUUGGAGUCUGUAAAUCGUGAGAAGACACCUUUUAUAGUCGUGCAAGGUCAUCGCCCGAUGUAUACCACAAGCAAUGAGGUAAGGGAUGCUCCACACAGGGCAAGAAUGCUGGAGCACUUGGAACCUUUAUUUGUAAGCAACAGAGUUAGUCUUGCUCUCUGGGGUCAUGUACAUAGAUAUGAGAGGUUCUGUCCUCUAAAAAAUUUCACAUGUGGAGGCCAAGACAACAGCACAGAUAAUCACUUCACAAUGCAUAUGGUGAUUGGAAUGGGUGGUCAAGACUGGCAACCCAUUUGGGAACCAAGGCCUGACCACCCAGAUGUUCCAAUCUAUCCACAGCCAGCGAGAUCAUUGUAUCGUGGGGGUGAGUUUGGUUAUGUCAGGCUGCAUGCGACAAGAGAGAAGAUGUCACUCACUUACGUAGGAAAUCAUGAUGGAAUGCCUCAUGAUACUGUUGAUAUUUUAGGAAAAGGUGUUAAGGAAGCCAUUGUUCAUACUUCUGCUUCUCGCUACGUCCAAGGAGGAAGCCUUUUGGUAGUUGGGACUCUUGUAGGAUUCCUUAUUGGUUUCCUUGUGCAUGCUAGGAAGGACGCAAAUCACAGGAGCUGGAGUGUGAUAAAGAGUGAUGAAAUGUAGACGGUUUGCAGAGACAGCAGUCAGUCGCUUCACUUGACUCUCAUGCCGUAGUAUUUCUAGCUCAAGCGAAGGAACAUCAGCCACUAUUGAGUUGCAAGGCAUACUUACUGGGGGUAACUGCCUCUUUUGAAUGAAUUGAUGGUGGAAUAGGUUCCAUUUUGUUCAGAGAAUAGUGUAAGCUCAUGUAGAUAUGUGUUCAUUACUGUUGUUCCUAAUAUGUGGAUAUCUUCUGCCUGUAUCAGCUUCUUUCUUCCUUUUCUAGUGUGUGCUUUUGAGUCAACUGGUGAAUGACAUUUGAAAAGACAUCGGUAGAAAUAAUGCACAGUUGGUCUGGUUCUGGCUUCAA